AUGAGCAAGACGGCGGCCGAUCGACUGGGGCGCUUCGCCAAGGGGGUCAAAUCGGCGGGGAAUGGGUCUCCAGCGAAGGCGGCGGACCGAGCCCGCCAGAAAGUGGGCAAAGGCGCGCAGCCAGCCCAGGAGCCGGCGCCCGCGCAAGAAGCGGUCUCGAAGUCCGAGUCGGAUGAGAUGCAGAGUAGCGCCUUCAGCCUGGCGAGUCUCGAAGGGCUGCGUGUCGAUGAAGGGGGGGUGGUCAAGAGUCCGGCAGGACAGCCGAUCGGGGAGGUGGUAGAGGGAGACCCGGAUGACCUCGUCGGCCAGAACGUCGGGAAGGAUGGCGAGAUCUUGGAUGAAGAGGGUGAUCUUAUUGGACGGGUCCAGCUCCUCGAGAAGGAGGCUGAAGCAAAAUCCGGCGACACUCAGGAUGCGGGAACCUCGGAGCAGGGCGAAAGUCUCCCGGAUAUGCCGACCGACGAGGAGGGGGGCGCGGACGAGCAAAGGGACCAAGAGCCAGUUUCGGACGAGAUCAAAAUGCAAGAAGCUCCUGACCUCCAAGCGGCCGAUGAUCAAUCCCUUGAAGAACCACCGGCGAGUGAAGCGAGCCAACCCUUGUCCGAGCAACCGAAAAGCGAGGGAGAAGAGGCCGCUGAGGAAGGCGAGGGUCAAAUCCCAGAGUUAGGGCAAGCCCCGGGUGAAGAGGCAGAAGAGAAAGAGAAGGAAGGCGCGGAAGAAGGGGAGGAAGAGGAAGAAGGAAAAGAAGAGGGUGAGAAAGAAGAAGUGAUGGAAGAAGAGAAAGCAGAAGUAGGAGAGGGGGAAGAGAAAGCAGAAGUAGGAGAGGGGGAAGAGAAAGCAGAAGGAGAAGAGAAAGCAGAAGCAGAAGAGGGAGAAGCGUUGGGCGAGGAAAAAGCGGGAGAAGCAGAAGAAGGAGAAGGAGAGGCCGAAGAUCAAGAAGCCCCGGUAAUCCCCGAUGUUUCCACCCUGGAAGGACUCACCUGCACGAAGUUCGGUGGGAUCGUGGAUGCCAAAGGAGCCUUGGUCGGGGAGUUGAUCGAGGGCGAUGCAAAGAAAAUCUUCCGGGGAAAAUACCAGCUCGACGACAAAGGCCAGUUCUGGGACCAGCGCGGGAACGUGAUUGGCAAAGCACAGCCUCUCCCCGUGGAAGAAGAUGAGCUGGGCCCCUUCGCCGAUCUGGGGGAUCUAGUGGUGGGCGAAGAUGGAUAUGUGGUGAAUGAGGAAGGCCGACGUGUCGGGCAGGUGGUUGAGGGGGAUGCGAAGAAACUCAUCGGCCGCGCAGUCGACGAAGAUGGCGAUAUCCUGGACCGCCGAGGCAAUCGACUGGGCCGGGCAGAGCCCUACGAGGAGCCAGAGCCGGAACCAGAAGAGCCAGAAGAAGAGGAGGAAGGAGAGGACUUGUCCAUCUUGGCCGGCAAGACGGUGAACAAGCUUGGGAACAUAGUCGACGAGGCCGGAGUGGUAUAUGGAAGGCUGGUCGCUGGCAAUCCGCGCAAGUUGGCGGGCAAGUCGGUGGACGAACAGGGCCAGGUUUGGGAUUCUUCCGGCCGCGUCGUCGGUCAGGCAGAGCUUCUCCCCGCCGCUGAGAGAGAGCGGCCGGAGGGGCCCUUCUCUGGUCUCGAAGGUUUGGUGGUGGGCAAAGACGGGCUGGUGCUUGAUGUGAACGGCGACACUGUUGGCCGCUUAGUGGAAGGUGACCCUCAACGCCUCCGGGGGCGAGCUGUCGAUGAGGAUGGUGAAGUCCUGGACAAGGCAGGGAAUGCCAUCGGCAAGGCUGAACCCUGGACCCCAGAGGAACCCACCCGCGAUAUCAGUCCGAUGGCGGGCCGAAAAGUCAACCGGGAUGGCGAGGUGCGAGAUGAAGAUGGUAAUGUGAUCGGCAAACUGACCCAAGGGGAACUCUCCAACCUGAUCGGUCGCACUGUCGAUGAGAACGGAUAUGUCGUCGACAAUGAGGGCAACAAAAUCGGCGAAUGCACGCUUUUGGAGAACCUCCCCCCUGAGCCCGAACCUGAAUCGGAGCCAGAGCCAGAGCUGUCGCCCGAAGAACGUGAGAAGCAGGAGCGCGAGCAGAAGCAGAGAGAAUUGGCCAAAAAGAUGGCUUCCAUCAUACAACAGACGCUGGACUCGGUGGAGCCCUUGUGCAAGCAGAUUACGCAGCAUAUUGAGCGCGCCAAUAGCACUCCCAAGGAGGAGCUCGAUGAAGAGCAGCUGGUGAAACAAGUCAAGCCCUUAAUCGAAGAGGCCGGCAACGGCCUGCAGGAGUGCAAAGGGGCUUUGCGGGCCCUGGAUCCGGACGGCCAGGUUGCUGCUGCCGCGAAAGCCCGCAGUGCCUCUCAGGAAGCCAGCCCGGAGGAGUAUCAUCUCGCCGAGCUGCUCAAGGAGCUGACGCGGGUGGUGGGCGAAACUAUUGAAAAGGGAAAGGCGUUGAUUGCCGACAUGCCUCACGCGAAGAAGAAGAUCAACCCGUUGUGGGCGCUGCUGUCGGAGCCCUUGGUCCAGAUCAUCGCCGCGGUAGGUCUCCUCCUGAGUGGCGUCCUCGGUCUGGUCACCAAACUACUGGAUGGACUCGGGUUGGGGGGACUCCUACGUGGUUUACUGGGUGGCUUAGGCGUGGACAAGCUGCUGGAAGGGCUAGGCUUGGGGACGGUGACGGAGAGCUUAGGGCUUGGUGGUAAGAAGAAGUGA